AUGUCAUCUUCUGUACCUGAAUAUAAUCCACAACACGAAGAGAACCAUCAACAAUUAUCGACUGAUCGAAAUCCAUUGACGGACGCUACGUUGACGAUCAGAGUGAUCAAAUCGUUCGAGUUCAGGACUCAGAAGAGCCUGGUUGUGAAACAUCUGAAUUUGGAGGAAUUGUCUGUUGCACAAUUGAUGGAUCUAGUUAGAGAUGAUAUCAAGAAACAAUCAGGAUGGAAACCAUACCGAACACUCGUCCUUGACACGAUGAAACUCUACACUGUAGCUCACGGUCACAAGACAACGAAUCUUAUCAUUAACUUAGAUCACGAUGAAUGGAUAUUAGAUCCUUCCAAAAUACUGAAGGAUAUAGGAGCUCAAAACGAAACUGAAAUAUCAUUCUUCAAUAGAGAAUCUUAUGAUAAAUUCAAAGCUAAUCCCGAGGUGAAAUGGGAUUAG